AUGGAGACAUUGGGCUGCGGAGAUAAUGAGUACAAUGGAAGUCGAGAGACACAUCAGGAUGCAGAGAUCGAUCAACUGGUUGCCAGUUUCCUUGGUCGCCAGACUACCAGUGAAUCAGAGCGCUUGGGUGGCAUCAUAUUCAAGGAAUUGUCAGUCAUAGGCGCAGGAGUUGGGCGCCAACGGAUGUCCGAUGUUCCCGAAACUCUACGACGUCUGAAAACUUUCGCCAACCCGGUGACCUGGUUUUCGCGAAAGGAAAUCCCAUCUCGACCCAUUCUGCAGCGUCUGACUGGGACAAUCCGCGAAGGGGAAAUGUUGAUGAUUGUGGGACGCCCGGGCAGUGGAUGCACCACCGUUCUGAAAGCCUUGUCGAACAUGAGGGACGAGUAUCUGAGAAUGGAGGGUGACGUCUGGUAUGGCUCAAUGGAUGCCUCGACAGCGAGGCGAAAUAAGCCCAACCAGGUAGCCUUCGUUGGGGAGGGUGACAUCCACUUUCCAACUUUAUCUGUCAGCACCACGCUUAGGUUUGCUCUCAAUGCCCGGCAUUCAAACUCUGAUCCGGAUAGAGCCUCCAGAAUUGAAGAGGACCUACAAAGUCUUCUGCAGCUUAUGGGUCUUGCUCAUGCAGCUCAAGUCCGAAUCGGAACCGACUAUCUUCGUGGAGUCAGCGGCGGCCAGCGUCGUCGUGUCUCUCUCGCUGAGGCUCUCUGCACGCGUGCAAGUCUGUUCUGUUUUGACAACCCUACUCGGGGGUUGGACUCAUCAACUGCCAUCCGCUUUCUCACUACCAUGCGCAAAUACACCACCCGCAGUCGAUGCAUGACCGCCAUGUCUUUAUAUCAAGCUAGCGAUGUUGCAGUUUCAAUGUUUGAUAAGAUCUUAGUUCUGAAUGACGGCUACGUUGCCUACUAUGGCCCGGCGUCAUCAGCAAAAGCCUACUUUGAGUCCCUUGGAUUUUAUUGCUCUCCAAGGAUCUCGGUUUCCGACUUUCUGGCAUCUAUGUCGGGGCCUCCGGCAGGUCGGCAAGCUCGGAAAGAUCUCCAAAGGCCGGUGCCCUUUCAGCCCGCUGAUUUUGAGGCCCGGUUCCGAGAAAGCAGCUCCUACCAGCAGACGGUGCGUGAGGCUGUUGAGCCACCUCAGUCGGCAACAAGUAAAGAUUUUAAAGCAUCAGAAUACGCUUUGCCCAUGUACCGUCAGGUAUAUGAGUGUACAGUUCGCCAUUAUCAGAUUUUUUUGACUGAUCGAGCUGCCUGGAUGGCUGAGGCGGCUGGGACAAUCAUCCAAGCUCUGCUUCUAGGCACUCUGUUCCGGAAUCAGAGAGCCGUGACAGAAGGGCUUUAUACACGCGCAUCGGCCCUCUUUUUCUGCGUUUUGAUCAUGGGGUUGCAGGCUUCUGCUGAAUUUGGGAAUACCUUUGUCCAACGCCCGAUAUUGCUCAAGCAGAAGGCGUUGCGAUUCUACCGACCCGCGGCAUACGCGCUCGGUCAGAUCCUCGCCGACGUACCUUGGAAGUUUAUCUUCAUCAUGUACUCGCUUCCCAUCUACUGGAUGAUUGGCUUCCAGCGUACAGCGGGGAACUUUUUCACAUGGCUGGCGUGCCUCUACAUGGGCCUGAUGGCACUGAGUGUAAUGUUUCGAGCCAUAGCUGUCUUCACAAACUCUAUCACUCGGGCCAUUCUCCCCGUGGGGCUUUUACUCAAUGUGCUAAUCAUCUACACGGGCUUUUAUAUCACACCACCAGGAAUGAAGGUCUGGCUAUCAUGGAUCCGCUACCUUGAUCCCAUGUACUAUAUUUUCGAGUCCAUCGCUCUCAACGAGAUCGGGAGCAGUUCAUAUGCAUGCAGCCUGCAGGACAUCGUCCCUCGGGGAGCAUCAUACAAUGAAACAAGUCUUCAGGCCUGUGCAGUGUCUGGCUCCGUAGCAGGCCAAUUAAACCUUUCAGGGAGACUCUAUUUGAUGGUAGAGUAUGGGUUCAACUACUUCCACUUAUGGCGAAAUGUUGCAAUAAAUGCGGCCUUUUUCGCCUUUUUUUCAAUUGUGGUAACAAUUGGAAUGGAGCGAUUUCGUCAUGCAUCUGAGCAAAUGGCAACGGUGUGUUACCGCAAGCUGCCAUCGUGGGCGAACGCCUCACCCACCCGUCCUACGGACAUUGAGAAGCCACCGUAUGUCACUGAUUCCAAAGAACUAAGACCCAUCUCCAACGGUGAGAUCCCUACUAGUUGCUGUCUAGACAACACUCAAAAUGUGUUUGCUUGGCAUGAACUGUCACUUGAACUUGACGAUGGAAGGAACUUGCUUCACCAAGUUUCAGGAUGGCUUCAACCAGGAAAGAUGACUGCGUUGAUGGGGAUGUCGGGGGCUGGCAAGACCCCAAGCCUGACAGACCUGCUGUACGAGCAGACUACGCUUCUUGAUACCCUAGCUCAGCGUAUCCAGAUUGGCCGCAUAUCUGGCGGACUCUAUCUAAAUGGGCAGACACUUCCGGCGUCGAUGGGACGGCGUACAGGAUUCGUUCACCAGAAUGAUAUCCAUCUAGCAUCGUCAACGGUGCGCGAAGCACUCCAGCUGAGCGCAUGCCUGCGCCGCUCAGAAGCAAUCGCCUGGGAAGAGAAGAUACAUCACGUGGAGUUUCUCAUCCGGCUUCUGGAAAUUGAAGAUAUCGCCGAAGCAAUCAUCGGGGUACCAGGGGCAGGAUUGAACCUCGAACAGCGCAAGCGGGUGAGCAUUGGGGUUGAGUUAGCUGCAAAGCCAGACAUUGUUCUUUUUCUUGAUGAGCCCACGUCCGGGUUGGAUGGCAAUUCAGCACUCUCCAUCGUGCAACUGAUGCGCAGGCUAUCCGAUGCUGGGCAGACCAUUCUCUGCACAAUUCAUCAACCCUCUGCGCAGAUGAUCGAACAGUUUGAUAAUUUGCUUCUGCUGGUCCCAGGUGGGAAAACCAUCUAUUCCGGUCCAUUAGGGCCUCAGUGCCAGACUAUAAUCGAUUACUUCUCUCGGUAUACGCGAUGCUGCCGGGAAACGGAAAAUCCAGCGGACUACAUUCUGGAAGUCAGCGGAGAGCCCGACGUAGACUGGUUCAAGACUUGGCGGCAGUCGCCCGAGUAUGUCUCCACCCAAAGGCAACUUCAACACUUCCUUCAACCACGGGCAGGAAAUACUUUGUGGUCGUCAGGUUCUGAUCGAGCAUAUGCGGCCUCCUAUCUCGAGCAGAUUCGAGUGGUCACCCAACGGGCUUUCACGAACUACUGGCGCGACUCAGAUUACGUGUUGGGAAAGAUUCAACUUAAUAUCUGUAUGGGGCUAAUGAACGGGCUCACGUUUCUUCAGCUAUCCAACGACCUUACUGACUCCCGCGGACGCAUGUUUUCUAUUUUCGUCGGAGUAAUCACCGGGCCCGUGCUCAGCCUCCAGAUCGAACCUCGCUUCAUCCUCCUGCGCGAUCAAUUCCUGGCACGAGAAAAUGAGUCACGUGUAUACCACUGGAGCGUCUUUACCAUCAGCGCGCUUCUCGUGGAGAUCCCGUUCACGCUCUUGGGAGGGCUUGUAUACUGGGUUCUGUGGUACUACAUGGUCGGAUACUUCACCAUCUCAACACGCGCUGGUUAUGCCUUUCUCAUGUACGAGCUCUAUUCAUUGUUCGUCGCGAGUAUCGCUCAAUUGACGGCCGCAUUGUUUCCCACCGUGCUGGCCGCACAGGUGGCCACUGGCUUCGUCUGGCUGGUGAUAAAUACCUUCAAUGGACCCCUCUCACCUCCGCCUCUGACACCGCGCGGAUGGCGCUGGUUCUAUGAUAUCUCCCCGUUGUUUUAUUUCAUUGAGGGUAUUGGUACCAACGCCAUGCAUUCGCUGCAGAUUACCUGCCGUGACUCCGAACUGACCACAUUCCAUGUGCCCGCUGGGGAGACAUGUGCCUCGUAUGCAGCUGACUUCUUCGCUUCAGGGGAUUCUACAGGUUACCUAGUAGAUCCUGACGCGACUGAGGAGUGCCACUACUGUGCCUAUGCGGAUGGUGAUCAAUAUGUCAAGCAAUAUGCCAUGAGUUAUUCACAACGCGGUAACAACGUCGGAAUCUUCAUUGGAUUUAUUCUUUUCAAUUACACGAUGGCGGUGUUGGCGACCUAUCUGAUAUUUAUAUUCAAAUGGCGGAAACAACGGAAGACUUGAUUGUUGAUCAUUGUGGAGUAUGUGCUUGGUUUCCACGGUGAACAGUUUCGUGGGGUGAGCUUUAUUCGGAAGAUAGAGAUAAGAUAAGAUAUCUGAGCAUAGGGAAGGGGAUAUUAGAGCACGCCCAGUCCCUAAUGUGCUGGCUCAUCGCUGUGGUGCAUUGACCUUUGCAAGGGUACUGACAUUGACUCAUUCAAUGCUAGGUAUCAGGAAUUUAAUAACAUUUGAC